AUGGCGGCAGACCUGCAGUUGUGCAUCGAGGAACUCGGCUUGGUUUACCACAUCGCAGCAGCCACAAAAUGGCCCAAGCGCCUCAAACAGUUCCUGCAGGAGGAGAAAUUGUACACAUUUGUCGGUUUCAGCAUUGGAGGCGACAAGCGGAUGCUGAACAGGUCUGGUUUGGAGAUCAACCCCAACAACUUCGUCGACAUGCAGCACAAGUGGAAAGAUCCACACACCACCAAAUACUUCAACUCCUUGGCCGAUGUUGCAGGCGGCGUCAUCCACCCAUCCUACAAAGGCAUGAAGAAUAAGAUGGACAAGGGAGAACACAAAAAGUGGGGGACCAGCCCGCUGCCAGACAACCUCAUCACGUACACAGGAAUAGAUGCGUACGCCACAUACAAGUCAUGGAAGAACAUCGACAACAUCGUGACAGGUUGGGAUAUUUCAGAAGAGCAGGAAGCUGACCCCUACUACCACUGCAACUUCGCGGGAUGA